AUCAUUGCCUCCUGCACUAAGGCAAAUAAUGGGUUUGUUCCCAUUACAAGCUACCACCACAAACAACCACUUCCUAUCAACCCGAGGGACAAGACAAGUCAUACCAGUAAUAGCACUAAAAUCAGCAGCAGCAGCAAGAUGGACAGCAACAGUGGGAGUACAGGUAGAGGCAGAAACAGCAACACAGACAACAGCAGCAGUGUUAGGAGAGUCGGGGUGGAGGUGUGGUCGAGUUUCAGUGGGUGGAGUGUGAGGGUGGAAGAGUGUCACCACAACCUGACCUGCCACACCUCUCCCCCGCUCGUCAGUAAGGGCUUCAACUUGCCCCCGGAGGACGCCCGCCCCCACCCACCUACCCUCGACGAGGGCGUCACCCUCACCGUCCUCAACCAACGAAAAUCUUCCCUCAUCUUCCACAGGGUGUUCCCGCUCGGCCAGUACUGGGCACACUGGGCAGACCUGGAGUGGCACUUGAACCGGGUGGCACCGGGACGCAUCGUCGUCAUGACAGUGGCAGUGUCUGGCACUGUAGGACUUCGUGACGCCGCCCGACGCCUCGCCCAACUUGGAUCACUGUUCGCACUCCACCUCACGCCCAUGGCUCACUGGACAUGGGUCUUUGUCAAGGGCGGACGUACCAUCUCCGAGACGGCUAUUAUCCAAGGCUACGCCCCACAUCACGCCCACCUUAUCCUUCCACUCUCACACCUAACAACGCCGCCCACCUCAUUCAGCAAGAAUCAAGAGCUGCGACAGCAGCGUUGGCAGUACUGUGAAUCCCAUGGUGCCAUGGGAGGCCUCUGUGACGAGGACACCCCCGACCCACUACCUGUGCCCCCUCCUCCGCCUGUGGCCCAGCAGUGGGCUCUGGAUGGGGUGCCCGUGGUGGUGACGGCAGGCAACAGACACCAGUACCUCUACCACACCCUCACCACCCUCCUCACCACACCUGGGGCACAACACAACAACAUACUCGUCGCCCUCGGUGACGCGCCACAACCCACAACACAACUCCUCCGUCUACUCAACAUCACCUUCACUAAACUUGUCGUACACGGUAAAGACAACAACAAGCUCUUCCGUUACUACCGCAGCGUCUUCCAGUACGUCGCCCGCACCUUCCCCGACGCUCCGGCAGUCAUCAUCCUCGACGAAGACGUACAAGUCUCUCCAGAUUUCUUCUCCUACAUGAGCCAGACGCUCUGGCUCCUCCACCAUGACCCGACACUCUACUGCAUCAACUCUCACUCCAUUUCCGGGUUCUCUGAUCGAAUUCACAAUCCCUCUCGAGUAUUUAGAGGCAACGUGCAGGUGCAGUGGGGAUACGCCGUCACUCCUAGCUUCAUCCGGGAUGCCUUAAGCAAGUGGCCUGAGGACGAACACAAGACCAACAUCAUCAUAUACGAUUACUGGCUCUACACCUACGUGAGACGGGGGAGAGAAUGUGUCUUCCCGGAAGUGGGACGUUCCCUCCAUUAUGGCCGCGGCACUAACACCGACCCCCUCACAGCAGAGAGAGCUUUCAUUGACAAGCCUGUGGUAGGCGAGGCUGGCGUACCACUGGUGGGAGUGUCGCGCCUCCAGCAUGACAUCUGGCGCAGCCACCUCGCACACAACAUUACCCUGGCUACACCUUUACUGGACAACCCUUGCUCACCAGCCUUCAUACCUACACACAACCCUCGAGAGUUGUAUGUGUUCUACUACAGGCUGGACGCCGACGAUGAUGGACGGGCGAGUGCGAUCCAGUUUUUUGAUCUUCACAACUGUGUGGGAGGAUGGAGUCUGUCUGAUCAGGGCCAGCACGAGGGAGUGAGCAUCGUCACGCUCUCCGCCCACACCACGCUCUACCUGGUGGGCGUCCCCUACUCAUCCUACUCCCACCUCCGCCCUCAAGGACUUCCUCUGUGGGACAUCAACACCAUCUCCGAGGAAGACUUUAUUAUGGUCGAAGAAAAUAAACUCAACAAGUAUAAAUUUACUCCAAUUAUUGCCAACAGUAACAUGGAGACGCUGCAACUGAUGAAGCUGUUGUCCACGUCCUGACACACACACACACACACACACACACACACACACACACACACACACACACACCCUGAGCCCGUAACACUAUACCACAGUCACCUUUGUAACUAUGUAUAUAACACCACAGUCAAGCUGGCCACGGGUGAUAAUACUGACCCUCACCUCCCCACCUUCUUCCCCUUAAUAAACAUAAAUAAGGAGAGAGAGAGGAAGAUGGUAGGGAUGAAGGCGAAAGGGAAGAAUAAAUCUUUCGAC